CGAAGAUAUUCAACAUGGCGGACGAACAAGCUGUGAACGUCGAAGCUGUUUUWAAAAAAUCACAGUUUAAGACCAUUAAUGUCUCGAAAGAAGUAGACCCGGAGUUAGAUAUGGGUAAUCUGUUAUUGAAUGACUUACAGCCAGUCAACAUGGAACUCUAYAGGAAAAAUAAGGAAGACUUCCUUACAAAUCUUGCCAGAGACAACACUCAACUUCUUUUCAAUGAAAUAUGGAAGCUUGAGGUAGAACGAUAUGAAGACACCAUAUUGGCAAAGCUUCCUGGACCAACCACAAUAAUCCCUAGAGAAAAACCAAUACCAAAGCCUAAACCAUUGACCAGAUGGGAGAAGUUUGCAAAGGAAAAAGGAAUCCAAAAAACAAAGCGGGACAGAAAAAUAUGGGAUGAAGCAAAACAGAAAUGGCUUCCCAGAUACGGAUAUAAGAGAACAAAUGAUGAAACACAAGACUGGGUUAUUGAAGUUCCUAAGAAUGCAGAUCCAUACGAAGACCAGUUUGAAAAGCGUAUCCARAAAAAGAAGGAAAAUGUUAGCAAAAAUGAAUAUCAAAGAUUGAGGAACAUCGCUAAACACAAGAGUGUAAAGAUUCCUGACAAGAACCUUCUGCCAUCCACGAAGGCAUCAAAAGAUCAACUUCAAGCAAACAUAAAUGCUUCAAGGAAAGCUACUGCAUCUGUGGGAAAAUUUACUGAAAAACUUCCAAAAGAAAAAGUCGCAAAGAAUYCAGAAGGAAGGAAAAGAAAGUUUGAAAAAGUUGYUGGUGAUUUUUCAAAUGAAAAAACCAGGAGCCUGGAAGUUGUGAAUAAAAUAUUCAAAAAAGAACCAACAUUGGACAUGAACAAGGCUGUUAGCAAACAUAUCACCAACACACAGAAAAGUGCUUCUGAAAGAAACAAAAAGGGCGGCCAGAAUAAAAAGAAAGGAARGAAAGGAUCAAGCAUAAAACCCUCCCCUUCAAAGCAGGGUAGACAGGCGGCUGCUAAAAGUGGCAAAAAAGGAAGAAAAAAAUAAAGUCGAGAAUAUUGGAAGUUAGAUUUUCAUAAAUGAAUGGAAACAAAAAUGUUUAUUUUGAAAAUUGGAGCGGAAUACUUACAUUAAAACAAAAUUU